GCAGGCGGACGAAAUACGACGGAAACAGCAGCCAGACUUCCGCAAAGUGCCGUGUGCGCCGCACGGAGCCCGGGAAACGUGUAGCCAGCCGUGUGUCGCGUGUGCCUGUGAGAGAGAGAGUGCGGAUUGUACCCGGCAAAAAGCCCGCUAAAAGUAUUUCAACUAUGCGUGCCACUGUUGCAAAUCAAAAUACGCGUAUAAAAUUGUGAAAAAAAUAGUGUAAACGAAUUCGAAGCGUAAGAGUGCUCGUCUCGUCACCAAUCUCGAACCAAGCAAAAACCAACACUGAAAAGUGCAAAGUUAAUAAAAGAAAAUUAAAUAAAUAAACAAACAACCCAAGCCAUGCUGCCAGGAGUAGAGCUCCUGCUGCUGGUGCUCCUCAGCCCGCCCCUCUUAGCGGAGAUCUCGCACUCGCCGCUGGCCAGUAACCGGAUUAUCCUGGAUUCCACCGAGUUGCUGCAGCCGCUCUUAACCCAAAAUCGGGAUCCCAAUGCGGAGACAUUGCCAACGGCCAGGGCGACGCCUGUGCCACCGCAGCGAUGUCCGUCGUUGCAGCGUUACCGCAAGAUGCUGAAGGACAUCGACGAUGUGGAGGACCUCUAUGUGGACGUGCCCGUGCACAUUGCUUUGGCGGAGCGACAGAAGAAGCGAUUUGUGCUGAACCUGAACGCCUCGACGCCGCUGACGAUUCGCUUUUCGGCGCCCGUGGGCCGCAAGAUGUACUACAAUCGCACAGCGAACCUGCUGCGCCCGGCAGCCGCUCCACCUGGGCCAGGUGUGGCUAUGGGCAGCCUGGUUCUGCCCUGCGCUCUCCGCGGUCACUAUGAUCUCUUUGUGCUCGCCCGCCACAGCGGCGCUCUCAAGGUGGACGCUUUGGCGGAGCAUCCGCAGAAGGACUGGCCGCUGAUCAAUGCCACGCACCGGAUUGGCAUUCGUACCCAGAACCGAGUGCGGAAGCGCGAGAUGAUUGUCAAGUGGGACAGGAGCAAGUUUGACUACCAUGCCAUGCACUAUUGCUUGGUGAUCCAGCGCGUGACCCCAGACUCACCGUUCAUAUCCUUUGACAACUUUUGCCAGGCAGUGUCCGCCUAUGUGGACCAGCGGCAUAUGUCGCCAAGCUGCUCUGCAAGCAAUCUCCUGGACCUGGUCUGGUCUACACCACCGCAAAGGGAGCGACGACUAAAUCCUCGCCAGAGCCUGCAUGUUGUUUGUACGGGGAAGCGGCGCCAGCAAAUGCUGCGUCGCCUGCUCCCAAGGAGUACCUAUCAGCUGGAUCUGUUUGGGGUCCAUCAAACGCGUCAGAAUCUCACCAUUCGCUUGGCGAAUAGCCAGGUUAGCUUUAAUCGCACCCAGCCGCUGGCCUUAAGGCAGCAGGCGCUGCUCCUGCUCAAGAUCGGUGGCCAGCAUGGGAAGCAGGUGUACAGCUUCAAGGUGCCGCCGACGCCGCCACAAGUGCCAGAGCCCUUUGUGCGGCACUUGCUUAUACCCUGCUCCGGCAGUGAGAUUCGGGUGCGUCUGCUCCGCCAGCGAACAGAAGUGGGCCGGACGGAGGCUUUCUACAGUCCCACCUACCUCCGACAGAUGGGCGUGCAGCCUGGCGAGCGGUAUCUGAUGCGCUUCGAGCCCAGCAACGAGGACGAAGCCUUCCGCGCCCAGAAAGUGAUGGUGGCUUUGAGCAGCGAACCGCAGUUCCGGGAUUUGCCUGACUUGCCGCAGAAUGCGAGCGUCUUCAAUGUGCGAACGAGAUGCAAUAGGGCCACCAUAGCCUGGAAUGGCUCACUAGAUGAGCGGGAAUUGAGCUACUGCAUCAUCGUGUUCAAUCUGCCGCAGCGCAAUCGCAGCGUGGUGGACCCCACCAACUACUGCAUGGACUUUGUGCCCAAGCGGGUGAUGCAGUACAGGAACUUUGAGUGGAUGACCUGCCGGGAGAGGCAACAGAGCCCCGACAACAUCGAAACGGAGACCAUACUCAACCUGAUGCCGGGCUCCAGUUACCUGGUGUAUGUGACCGCCAACCUGAGCAUGGGCAAGCCCCUGCCCUAUCAGGCACUUACCCUGCACAUGGCUAGCCAGUGUUUGGAUGGGUCCCACGAGUCCUUCUACUAGGCGUUACGGCUACCGGUUUCACUUCCGGUUCCGGACCCAAAAAAGCUUCGCUGCAUUUUUCGAAUACAAAAUUACAAAAAAGGCCAAGGCACCCAACUAUCCGUCGUUGUAAAGCUACCUUAUCCACUACGAUUACUACACUAGCCUACCAAUGCUAUGCUGGUUAAAAGACUAUACACCUAUCUCCAUAUAUAUACAGAUAUACAGAUAAACCGAUAUACAGAUAUACAGAUAUAUACCGAUAUAUAUACAUAUGUUCGUGGCAAAUGUUGUGUGAGCGAGUGAGUGUGCGUGUGUGACUUCUGAUUGUGUUUUGCCAAAAAAGAAGCAGAUUCCAAGUAUUUUCGAGUGCUUACUAUAUAGUUUUGUAAUGUUUAGCUAGCCGUUAAUGUUUGUAAAAAAGAAAAUGUUUAAUUGGUUUUUCCGAGCCCCAUUCACCAUUUUCCCCUGAAACCCUUCCUUACCGCAUAAUCGUUUUUAGAUACUUUAGUUCUUAGCCUUAGCUCCACUCCUAAGUUAACUUUAGGUUCCUUAAGCUUUUGCUGUUAAGUUUAAACCGUAAACAAAGUGUUUUUUGUAGUUCUUUUGUACAUUAAGCUUACCACGUAGAUAUACUCUAUUCGUAAUGUGUGUGCGUUGAAGGCGUUGUAUUUUUUAAAGCUCUUAAACCUAUGCAACCGAAGGCCGAAAGGCAGGAAGGACAAUAAACAAAGUGUGCUAUAUAGGGAGGUGAACGGAGGGAGGAGAAAGUGUCGCAAAUAAA